CGCGUUUAUUGCGGUAAAAAAAUACUGCGAUACGGUAUGAGAAUAAUUACAUGUAUUCGACAGACAUUCUUCAGGUUUACGUGACGAUCAAUUCAAAAACUGUCAUUUUAUCCAGUGUAACACCAACAAAAAAAUUGAAGAAUUCGAAAUGAUUGCGAUGUUUAUUAUAGCGGGCAUGACUGGCCAUUGCUACAUAUUAUUUAAGGAAAAAAAAAUGCCGUGAUCAUUAUUUCUUCGACUGUUAUACAGUAGGCUAAUUUAAUCGUCUCAGUCAUGAAGGGUUUUGUUCUACUUAUUUUUCUGCACACAUGGAGUCUAGCAACGGGAAGUCGAGUAGUAUCACUGAAAUAUCAACAGAAGGAGUACAAAAAUCCUCAUUUGCCAGUGAGCCGUAUCACAUACUGUGUCCACAAUCAAUAUUACGAUGAGGCGGAGGGCCGCUGUCUCGGAUUUCCUGGAGGCGGUAGAAUCAUAUCUAUCAACUCCCAUAAAAGAUGUCCAACUGAGUUCCUAAGAGUUGAUAAAGAAAACAAAACGCGUUACAACCUGUGUCGAUUAUCUACAUUCAUUCAAGCAGAAUGCUGGCCGGGUCAAGUGUUUUCGGAUUCUUUGUAUAAAUGUGUUCGAGACACUGAAAGAAAGGAACAAGAAGAAGAGGUGCAAAGUGUCACAAUGGUGAAGCCGACGGAAAACCCAACGGAGAAGUCACAGACAUCUGCGGAUACUACCACCACAGCGGACAGUCUAACGACAUCUGCGGAUAGUACUGCCACAACGAAGAAGUCACUCAUACCUGAGUAUAGUACCAUCAUAACGGAUAAUGUAAUGAUACCUGCGGAUAGUACCGCCACAGUGCAUAAUCCAACGAUACCUGCGGCUAGUACCGCCACAACGAAGAAGUCACUCAUACCUGAGGAUAGCACCACCAUAACGGAUAAUCUAACAAUACCUGCGGAUAGUACCGCCACAACGGAUAAUCCAACCGUACCUGCGAAUAUAAAUGCUGCCACAACGGAGAAGUCCUCGAUACCUACGGAUAGUACUGCUACAACGGAUAAUCCAACCGUACCUGCGGCUAGUACCGCCACAACGGGUAAUCCAUCCGUACCUGCAGAUAGUACCGCCACAACGAAUAAUCCAACCGUACCUGCGGCUAGUGCUACCACAACGGAUAAUUCAACGACACCUGCGGAUAGUACCGCCACAACGAGGAAGUCACUCAUACCUGAGGAUAGUACCACCACAAUGGAUAAUCUAACGAUACCUGCGCAUAGUACCGCCACAACGGGUAAUCCAACCGUACCUGCAGAUAGUACCGCCACAACGGAUAAUCCAACCGUACCUGCGGCUAGUGCUGCCACAACGGAUAAUUCAACGAUACCUGCGGAUAGUACCGCCACAACGAAGAAGUCACUCAUACCUGAGGAUAGUACCACCACAAUGGAUAAUCUAACGAUACCUGCGCAUAGUACCGCCACAACGGAUAAUCCAACCGUACCUGCGAAUAUAAAUGCUGCCACAACGGAGAAGUUCUCGAUACCUACAGAUGGUACCAUUACAACGGCAAAGUCACUGACCUAUUGUUAUACUAUCACCCCAAUGGAUAGUCCAACCAUACCUGCGGAUCGUACCGCCACAACGGAUAAUUCAACGAUACCUGCGGUUACUACCGCCACAACGGAUAAUCCAACGAUACCGCCAGAUAGUACCGCUACAACGGAUAAUCCAACCGUACCUGCGGAUAGUACCGCCACAACGGGUAAUCCAACCGUACUUGCGGACAGUACCGCCACAACGGAUAAUCCAACCGUACCUGCGGAUAGUACCGCCACAACGGAUAAUUGAAAGAUACCUCCGGAUACUACCACCA